AUGGCAGGAGGAAGGAUACCCAAGCAUGAUUUUCUCGUUUGGGUGCUAGCUCGUGUUAGACUUCAUGUCCCAUUAGAGUGUCCGCUAUGCUCAACCAACAUGGAAUCUAGGCAGCAUCUUUUCUUUGAUUGCGCCUUCAGCUCAGAGGUUUGGUCUUUCUUCUACUCAAGGCUCCAUCUAUUACCUCCUUCCUUGCUGGAUGAUGGUAUCAGAUGGUUGAAAGACCCGUCUAGAGACUCCAACAUUGUGUUUAUUGUGAGACUGGCUUUCCAAGCUUGUAUCUAUGGUAUUUGGAGAGAAAGGAACACAAGGCUUCACUCUCAAGUUUCUAGACCGGCUGCGGUGGUGAUAUCAGAGAUAUGUCUCAUCCUACGAGCCAAACUAGACAUCCUAUCUCGGGAGCAACGGAAUCUGCCUUCAACAGUAACCUAUCUCUCAAACUGGUCUCUUCAUUUUGUCUAA